CCCAUUUCACUCAUUCAUCCAGAUUCCCGCCCAUCAAGAACAGAACCCCUUCUGCUUGCGGCAACACUGUGCCCCUCCUCCCAAGCCUGGCUUCCUUCCCUCUUGGUCCUGGCUGCGCCGCUCUCCUUGUGCCCCUCGCCGCCUGCCCUUCCGCAAAUUUCCCCCUAAUCUCCACCCGCGAGUCCACUCCCCAGCCCGCCCUUUGCCUCGCCGCCGAUUGCACCACGGGACGACCACGGACCUGGAUCGCCGGCUGCAGCCAGCCAGCGAGCCAACUACUGUUGCGGUUGGCCAAGACUGCCCAGAGCCCAACGCACCAGGCCUCGUCCUGACCCGGGGACCACCCCAUGCCGCCGGUCCGCAAGGCCUCGUCCUCGUCCGCGUCCGCCGUUGGCUCCGCCUCCGUGCCCGGCUGCGACGGCAACGGUAACGGCAACGGCGGCACAGCAGUAGCAGCAACGUCCGUCCGGCCAAAGGGCCGGCCCCGAGGAUUCCGCCGGGAUCGAGACUGCCGCACCUGCAAGGCCCGGAACGUCAAGUGCGAUCUCAACCGGCCCAGCUGCGGCAUCUGCGUGGCCGAGGGCAUCGCCUGCCAGGGCUAUGCCACCACGGUCCGCUGGGCCAGCAAUGCCUUUGCUCCCCCGCUGACGCCGGCAUCGUCGUCGUCCACGGGCUCUGGCAAGUCGGUCACACCGGUGUCCGCAUCGUCAUUCACAGCCUCGCCAUCAUGCGGGCCGUCCCCGUCUCCCUCGCUGUCUCAUUCGUCGGUGUCAUCGCCGCCAGAUUUCAUCUUUAAAGCACAACAUCAUCAACAUAAUCAUCAUCAUCAUCAUCAGCAGCAGCAGCAGCAGCAGCAGCUCGCUGACACAAGUAGGAGUCAUGGCAUCUUCAACAGCGGAUCCGCCGCCUCCUACUCCCCAGCCAGCACCAGCAUCACGACGGCUGAACCAACACCGCCGCCAGGAUCAACUACCACUACUGACUCCCCGCCGCCUGAAAAGUUCUACAACCCGCGCCGGACGACGGCACCCCUCCAGGUGCGGCAGGACCAGCGGGCCCAGCUGCUGAGCGCGGCGCUCGAGGACAACCCGGAGGACUCGAACUGGACGACACACUACCUGGCGUACUACGAGUUCUUCACGAAGCAGUUUGCGGAGGCGCGGCGCAGCAUCACCAAGGAACGGCGGUACCGGCCCGAGGGCGUCACACCGGGGCCGGACGCAUCGUAUCCGCUGGUCGACCGAGACCUGGGGAACGUGUGGCAACUCCUGUGGCAACGCCUAAAGGGCCAGAUCCCUCACGGCCCGGGGGACCACCACCACACGGGCAGCGUGGAGCUGCUGACGUCGCACGCGGCGGCGCUGGCGGAGCUCAACGAGGCGAUCCGGGCGGGGGACAUCCUGGCGCUGUACGGGGUGGUGACGCUGAGCUUCCUGGACGUGUACGAGGGCCCCUUUAUCGACUGCCAGUGGCACAUGCACGGGGCGCGGGCGCUGCUGCAGCUGCACUGCCACGACGCGGCGAGCCUGGACGCGCUGUGUGCCGAGCUGGCGGGCCUGCGCGAGGCCGUGAGCCUGCUCUCGUGGUACGACACGAUGGGCUUCUACUUUGAGCAGAACCGGCGCAACGCCCUCGUGUUCCCGGACUGGGUGCGCGAGGGCAUGCGCGACGACUUCUUCCAGCUCGUCUCGUGCCCCCGGGACAGCUACAUGGUCUACGCCGCCGUGGUCAAGGCCCGGACCGCGCACCGCGGCCGCAAGGAGGACGACGACGACGUGGUCAAGAUGGCCGCCGCCGAGAUGGACGCCCAGCAGAAGCGGCACCAGCGCGAUCUCAAGCUCUCCAUGCUCGCCGUCCAGCAGAUCCUGCGCACCAGCUUCAACCUCACCGGCCGCCACGACGACACCCUCGUCCUCCAGGACAGCUUCCGCUACGCCGCCGCCCUCAUCGCCACCGAGACGGCCCACGUCGGCGGCUUCAUCGACAACGAGACCGACGACACGCUCUCGACCCUCGCCGACCGCGUCUGCGACAAGAUCCUCGCCGGCGUCCCCGUCACCUCGGGCAAGUACCGCCACCUCGCCUGCCAGGUCACCAUCCUCGGCCACCACGCCCGCACCCCCCGCCACCGCCAGGCCGUCGACGGGUACUGGAUGCGCUGCGACACGCUUGCCAGGCCCAUCUAUCCCAACGGCAGGAUACACAGCGGCAGCGAGGAGCACUGGACGCGGAUUCUGGGCAAGUCGACGGGGGCAUGAAAGGGGGCCCCUAGAUGUUCUGUUGUAUCCCGGAAAGAGGAGAAGGAGGUGGAGGAGGAAGACGAGGAAGACGAGGCGGAGGAGGCGG